AUGGCGCCUAACGUUUUCCGGUACUUCUUGGGUUUCUGGGUUCGAGCUCAGGAAGAAGGUCUCGAAUUUCGUCUCAGGGAGUUAAAGCAAUUAUUUGCCAUAAAGCAAAACAACGGCUUCCCUGGCACGAUGAUUCUUGCUCCUCAAGGUGGUCGUGUUAUCAUCGAAGGCCUUCCUAAUAGGGAUGAUCGAUGGAGGGAGAAGUUUUUUGUUUUUAAGAUAAAUCUGGCGUCGGUCGGAGACUUCGAUUUUGAGAGGAUUCCUCGGGAAUGGUCCGACGACAUUGAGCCUUUUGGGUCUGCGCCUAUGUCUCCCGAGCUUCGCGGGUUAAUGGAGACUUUGCGUCGAGGUAGCACUCGCUGGCUCUCCUUUACUCCUGACCGAAUUCAAGCCGGCUACGCUCUCCCACCGGGUGCGAAUCGUGCUACUCCUGUCGCGUUGGUGGCUCCUGUUCGGCCCAAGAGAGGUCGGGCACCAAAAGAAAGAAGGAUGAAGAGGUGUUGCUUGAUCGUCCUGACGAGUCUUCUGAGGCCGGGUCAUCAUAACGAACUAGGAAAGUCCAUCGAGGACGGGCCAGUGUCGGUCGCUAUUCCAUCUGGUGGAGCUCGCAAGGCACCAGAUACUUCGGCGAGUUCUGCUGGUGAUCAAAUUCUUAAUAACGAGGCCGAUUCGUUGUCUCGUCAAUCUCGACAUCGGGUUUUGGAGGAGAUUAACUCUGUGACUUCGGGAUCGUCGAACCCGAGACUUUCUCCGCCGUUGCGUGCUUCUGGUGAAGGUACUUCGCGGGUUAAACCCGGUGUCCUUCCUUCAAGCGUGCUUGAAGCUUUUUCGUGGUCGUUUGCGUAUGACAGCGAGAUCCCCAUCCUUGAGAACCCCGAGUCCCUUGCAACAAUUUGGUGUAAGAUCAGAGCAAAAGGGUGCGAGCUCCCUUCUUUGGAGCACAUGCGAGAGAGCGAUGCCUAUGUUCGGAUGGCAGUCGCAAAUGCCAAGGAAGAGAUCGCGGGUCACCUUCUCACGAUCCAACCGCUUCGGGGUGAGCUGGAUACUGCUCGGGAGGCGGAGAGACAGAGCGAAGUGGAUUUUGAGGAAUUGAGGAAGAAGUUGGCGGCUGCUGAGGCAGAAAAGGUCGUUGCUCAGAGCGACCUUAACUCGAUGGAGGAGAAGUAUAGGCGAGAGAUCGAAGGUCGGAAUAGGAAAGCUCGCAAAGAUCUCCAUCUAGCUGGUAUCUCUCUUGCGAAGGAGUACGAGGGGGUUUUGGCUGUAGUCAGGGGUAAGUUGGAGCAGAAGAAGAAAGAAACAGCCGCGGAUAUUCUUUUGCAAGAGACGCGAGCUCGUAUCGAAGCUUUGACCGAGUAUAGUGAGGGCGGCUUCGAGCUCGAGGCAGAGUUGGAGUGCCUUAAAUACCUGGAGGUUUCGCUCGAUGUUGAUUAUGGUCUUGCUUCGGUGUCAGACCUUUCUCUUGAUCGUCUCGAUCUUCCCGAGAUCUCCGGAGAUUCGGUCAACCAGGAUUGA